AGGCUCCCUGAGGUCAGGAGCCUCUCCUCCAGUUUAUCUCCCGCGUUCUGCAGCACUGUGGAUCGCCUCCAUACUGCAUGUCAUGUCCUUACCACAUGUCAUGACUCCACUGGGCUUCUGCUUCUGCGCCCCAAGUCUUAUCCUCACCGGACAAGUUUUGCUGGUGGUGACCCAGGCCGAACCCAUUGCGGAGUGGGUCCAUAAGCCAGUUCGGUUGACUUCAGAGCCCUGGGGGCCGACCAAGCUCCGGUCUUGGCACCCUUCUGAUCAUCGGCCCAAAUCCCCGAAAGCUCAUACACCCCAGGCAGGUGCAGGGGACUUUAAUUACCUGGGGUCCUCUGCUCCCUCCCAGAUGUUCUCCCCACCCCGGAAGUUGAAGGACAGUUUUCUUUCAUUCCAAGAGAAGGAUACCUCUGCGCAGCCGCACCCAGAGUCAGAUCAGUUCACUGUUCCACAUCAGCGUCUGACCAACAAAAUUACUCCACCCAGGAAGCUGCCAGGGAAUAUUUUAAAACUAAAUGGGGAUCAAAAUCAGCCUCCACAUUUUAAAAGUGUUUCCAGUGUGGAUCAGGCUGCAGAUAACCAGUUAUAUGAAAUACUUGUUCCACCACUGGACAGCAAGAGUUCGGGAGUAACAAAGUUCAUAGUUUCACUCCAGGACUUGAAGAAAGAUCUAGCUCAGCACAAGAAACUUCCUAAGGUGGUUGUUGGAACUACAAACCAACUUGUAAAACCUCAACUGCAGAACAAAACUGUGGAGGAUGAUUAUGGGGACCCAAGUAUGACUGAAGCCAAUUCUGACAGCUUACCUGUGCAAUCCCAGGAAAACAGAAAGGAGCCUCCAGAGCCUUCUGAGCAGGUUGAACCUCCUGAGUACCAGCUGGAGGCACAAACCCAAGAUUCAGAGAAUCUUGGUGCGGUCCAAGAAGGCCCAGAUCAUCUCCCACUGCUCCCUGAGGAAAAUGGACCUCAGAAGGAAGAACAAGUUCCUCAGUUCGUUUCUGAGAUUGCAGUAUUAGAGCCACCUGAAAUAAAUGGUCCAUCUCUGGAUAGAAAUAAAGCUCAGCAUUCAAACUUGCCAAAUGUCACAGUGAAGCCUGAAGAUCUGGAGAUUGCAGUUUCAGAGGCAGAUAAGGAGACUCAACAAGCUUUGAGCCAGCAGCAGGUUCCGGGCCAUCUUCCAGAAAGUCCUGAGUUGGUAGAAUCUUCAUUAACCCAACAAGAGGCCCCCGUCCAGCUUUCAGAGGAUCUUGAGGAGGUAGCACCUCCGUUAAUCCAACAAGAGGCCGCAGCUCCAAAUCCAGAGCUCUCUCAGGAGUUAGAACCUUCAUUAUCCCAACAGGAGUCCUUAGCUCCAAUUCCAGAGCUCUCUGAGUUUUUGGAGCCUUCAUCAACCCAAGAAGAGGCCCCAGGUGAGAUUUUAGAGCUUCCUGAAGACCUUGAAACUUCUGAUAGCCAGAUAGAAGUUCCAGCUCUCCCUACAAAGCCCUAUGAAGAAGUCAAUCCUCCGGUUGAGCAAGAGGCUCCAGUUCCAACCUCAGAAUCCUCUAUGGAGAGUGUAGUUGGAGCUCCAGCAGCAACAGUUCCACAUCCCAGUCAGGAUCAAGUUCUCCAUUAUACUUUGCACAGGACUACAGUCAAACCUGUAGAUGUGACAGUUACAAUAACUUCUCAGCCUUUUAAGGAGGUUGGAAUGUCUCCAGUUCAGGAGGAGAUUCCAACUCAAACUCCAGGUCCUCUUGUACAAGCUGAACAUUUUCCUAGCCUGGAGCAGCAGCCAGCUGAACUUUCUGAAUCUCCAGAGGAGGUUGAUUCAUCUGAAAGUGGUCUGGAAGACCAAAUUCAGCCUCCAGAGGAAGCUGAGGAAGAGGAGGAGGAGCCUUCUCCAAUCCAGCAGGAAGUCCAAUCAGAGCAUCCAGGCCCUCUUCUGGAGGACGAGUCUUUUCCUAUAGAACUAGAGCAGCCAGCUCAACCUUCUGAGUUUCUUGAGGAGGAAGGAUUGGGUUCUGGAAACCAGCCAGAAACCUUCGUUGCACCUGCAGAGCUCCCUGAGGAAGCCAAGCCUCCAAUCAAGCUACCGGCCCCACUGCAAGCUCCAGAGUCCGCUGUGGGAAAUGUGGAUGAAAUUCCACCGGUUCACCAAGUGACAGUCCAGCCAACUCAGAGUGAAGAGCACCAUUAUCAGUUGCCAAAUGUUACAGUUAGACCUGUGGAUGUGAUACUUACCAUAACUUCAGAGCCUACCAAGGAGAUGGAAUCUUCUCUGACCCAGCAGGAGUCCCCAGUGCAUCCUCUAGAGAAUACUGAAGAGAUAGAACCUUUUCUCAGUGAGCAGCCACAGCCGGCUCAGCCUUCUGAGCUGGAAAUUCCGACUCAAUCCUCAGAACACGCUCUAAUCCAACAAGAACAAGCAACUCAGUCUUCAGAACAUCAUGAAGUGACAGUUUCACCCUCGACUCACCAUUCAAGCUUAUCUACUACAACUGUUAAUCCUCCAGAUGUGCUACUUACCAUAACACAAGAACCCACAGCAGAGGUGGUACCUCCUCCCCCAGUACAUCAUGAGGCCAUAGCUAAACCAUUUACAGUCCCAGAAAAGGAUGUAGGCACUUCUACAGCCCAGUAUACCAAUCCAACUGUAACUCCAGAGCCUUCUGACGGGGUUGAACUCUUGUCAAAUCAACAUGAGGCUCCAGUUCAAUCGCUAGAACCUGUUCAGUAUGAAAAGCCUUCUCUAAGCCAGCAGGGGGACACAGAUGAGGAGUCAGAGCUCCAAGAGGAAACUGAACCUUCUUCAGCCCAGCAGGAGACCCCAGUGCAACCUCUAGACCUUCCUCAUGAAACAGUAGUUCAACCUCCAGCACACCAUGAGGCAACAGGUUCUGAUCUGGUUCACAGUCAAGUUCAUCAUCUAGCAUCGUACAAUGCCACAGCUAAGCCUCCAGAGUUGAUUAAUGAGGUUGAAACUUCAAGCCAAGAGGGGUUUGAACCUUCAAAAGAACAGCAAGAAGAAGUUACAACUCAGAAUCCACCCACCCCUGAAAAUCAACAUUCUCCAGGGGUCCCAACCCAGCCUGAAGAGCUUCUUGGGGAAGUUUCUUCAGGUCAGCAGGGGAACUUGUCUCCACCCCUAAAGCCCCCUUUGGAUACAGAAUUUUUACCGUAUCAGCAAGAACUCCCAGAUCAGUCUCUAGAACCACCUAAAGAGGGCUUCUUUCUUUCUCCAGUGGGAGAUACCCUGUUCUUUUCACCUGAAGAUCUAGAAGCAAUAUUCAGAUAUGAGCAUUCAUUGUUGCGUAAAACCACAGUUAAACAUCCAAACCAAGCACAUACCAGAGCUCCAGAGUCCUCUAUGGGAGUUAAAUCUCUUCAGGUUCAGGAGGAGGACCUAGUUCAGCCUAUAGUUCCCACUGAACAAGUUGAAUUUUCACAAGUCCAAUUUGAGUCCCCUUCCCAUACACCAGGAUUCCCUGAAACUGAAUUUUCUCCACAAGAGGCCAUAGCUCAGAAAACAGACCUCCACAAAGAGGUCUAUCCUUUCCCGACUCAACGGGAAGGCCCAUAUCUACCUCCAGAUUCCACUAUGGGUGCAGAACUUUCUCCAGCUCAGUAUAUGACCCGCUCUCAACUUGCAGACCUCUCUGAGAAUGUGGAACCAUCUCCAGUGCUGCAGCCCACCCUCACACAGGCUUCAGAACCCCCUAAGGAGAUAGACCGUUCUCCAACCCAGCAAGCAGUCCCACACCAGCUUCCAGAUUCAACGAACAAUAUUGUAGCUCACCUUCCAACACAUCAGAUGAUAGUCCCAACACCAGGUCAGAUUCAAGCUGAGUAUCCAACAUCAUCCUCUAUCUCCUUUCACCCUUUGGACCUGGAGCCCCCCAUAACUUCACCACAUACUACAGAGGCAGACCACACUAUAGUACAAAAAAGUACUACACCUCAGGUGACAUUUCCACAUCAGACUCAGCAUCUAAACCCAACUGAAGUGACAGUUCAACCUUUGGAUUUGGGACUUACCAUAACUCCACAACCGACUCCUGAGGAACUUUCUCAAACUAUGCCAGAGACCCAAGUUACAGAACCACCUAGAGAGGUUGUACCUCCAGCCCCAUUAUAUCAGGAGGUGACAGUUCCAACACCAGGUCAGGAUCAAGCUGAGUACAUGACAGCACAUGUUGUCUCAUUUCAUCCUUUGGACUUGGGACUCACCAUAACUUCAGAACCUACCAAAGAGCCUCAACCUCCUACAACCCCACAGGAGAUUAUAGUUCUUCCUCCAAAGCCCCCUCAAAUGACACUUCCACAACAGGUUCCCAUUCAGCAUCUAAACCCAAGUGAAGCCACAGUUCAACCUAUGGAUCUGGAACUUGCUAUAACUCAUCAACCAACUCCUGAGGAACUUUCUCAAACUACACCAGAGAGUACAACUCAUCUUACAGAACCACUUACAGAAGUUUUAGCUCCAGUCCCAUUGUAUCAAGAGGUGGCAGUUCCAACACCAGGCCAGGAUCAAGCUGAUACAACAACACAUGUUGUCUCAUUUCAUCCUUUGGACUUGGGACUCACCACAACUUCAGAACCUACCAGAGAGCCUCAACCUCUUGCAACCCCACAGGAAACUGCAUUUUCUCCUCCACAGUACCAUCAGUUGACACUUCCAGAACAAGUUCAUAUUCAACACCCAAAUCUAACUGAAGUUACAGUUCAACCUUUGGAUCUGGAAUUUACAGUAACUCCAAGUUCCCAUCUGGAUGUUGAACCUUCUCCAAGCACACAGGAGAUCCUUCCUGAGCCUGAACAGCCACAUGAGGUGGUUGCAGCUCAAGCUCCAGUGUUUUAUGAAAUACCAAUUCAGGAUCAAACUCAGCAUCCACUUGUUUCUGAAGUCACAGUUCAACAAAUAGAAUUAGAGCAUAACCUAAUUACAAUAUCCAAAGUAGAGACUGAACUUUUUGCAGCCCCAUAUAAUAUUACAGCUCUUCCUCCAAAACACCAAGAAGUGACCCUUCAACCUGAAGACCAGGUUCAUGCUCAGCAUGUAAACCCAACUCAAGUCACAAUUCAUCCCUCACACCCAGAAUUUUCCAUAACUCCACGACCUGCUACAAUGGUUAAGCGUUCGGCACCAGUUCAGCCUACAGAGUCACCUAAGGCAACUGUAACUCCAUCUUCAGCACAUUUUGAAGCAACAGUUAUGGCAACAGUUCAUGAUCAAUCUCAACAUCCAAACUUAGAGACCUUACAUUCUGAAAUCUCAGCAAUUACUCAACCAGAAUCUUCACAUUUCACCAUCCCAGCAAUUACUCAUCCAGAAACUACACAUUCCAUAGUCCUAACAACUACUCAUCUAGAGACUACACAAUCUGCAGUCCCAAAAGCUACAUCCCCUCCUCCAACACAACAUGAGGGGACACUUCCACCUCCAAACCAGGUUCAGACUCUACAGUCAAAUCCAACUGAAGUCACUACUCACUCUUCUCAAACAGAAUUGUCCACAGCUCUACAAUCUGUUACAGUGGUAAGCCCUUCUCCACCUAUGAGUCAGAUCACAGCUCAGUCUACAGUUCUAACAUCAGUUCAAGAUCAAGGUCAGCAUCCAACUACAGCUCCUCCUCCAACAUAUCCUAUCAUGACAUUUCUAUCUACAGAACAGGUUCAGACUCAGCAAAUCCCAAGUGAAGCCACACUUCAACCUAUGGAUAUGGAAUUUCCCAUAACUCCAUAUGCUACAACUUUUAGUACAGAAAGAGAGUUAUUUGUUCAAAUGAAACCAAAUUCAUCCAUGACCGCCAACAUAUGUGACUUCUGCUUGUGUGAAAAUGAGACACUAUUGUGUAGUCAUCUCAGCCCAAAGCGGAGACUCCACCAAGUGCCUGUGCCAAGGCCCGAAAUCCACAAACACCCCUUAACUUUUUUGAAUUUCCAAGGAAAUUCUAUUUCUUACAUUGAAAAACAUGUAUGGAAAGCAUACCGUUGGACUGAGACACUAAUUCUCAGUGAAAAUCUCCUGACUGAAUUACAUAAGGAUACAUUUGAAGGCCUGCUGUCCCUCCAGGUUUUGGAUGUAUCUUGCAAUAAAAUACGUUAUAUUGAAAGAAGGACGUUUGAAUCAUUACCUUUUGUGAAGUACAUGAACCUUGGGUGCAAUUUACUCAUUGAGCUGAGCUUUGGAACAUUUCAAGCAUGGCAUGGAAUGCAGUUUUUACAGAAGUUAAUUCUCAGCCGUAACCCUCUGACAGUUGUUGAAGAUCCUUACUUUUAUAAGUUGCCAGCGUUAAAAUAUCUAGACCUGGGAACAACGCAAGUGCCACUGACGGCGCUUGAGAACAUCCUCAUGAUGACUCUGGAGCUGGAACAUCUGAUCUUACCUAAACACAUGGUCUGCUGCCUCUGCAAAUAUAAAGCUGAUAUUGAGAUUGUCUGCAAGACAAUCAAACUGCAUUGUCAUAUUGGAUGUCUGAUAAACACCACAUAUUGUCUUGAGGCCUCUAUAGGGAACCCAGAAGGACCAUUCAUGAAGGUGUUGCAAUCCCGGAAAGAGAACACCAGUACAGAGCUUGCUAUUGAACCAGAAAGCAGCGCUUUAGAAAAAGAUGCUCUUAGCUCUUCAGGCUUCAUGAAUGAACAGCUGGACUUUAAUGAUGAAAGUGAUGUUAUUAGUGCCCUAAAUUACAUACUGCCAUAUUUCUCAGAGGGAAAUCUGGAAGAUGUAGUGUCAACAUUGUUACCAUUCAUUAAACUGCUGUUUUCUAAUAUACAAAAUGUAGAUAAUUCACUGGAACCCUACAAAAAUGAUUCAAGGAACCUUGCUCUUAACCCUGUACCAAAGGCAAGUAAGAUGGCUUACAAAAAUAAACUGAAUAAGCUUUAUUUUCUAGAGAAUUUGUUAGACGCAGAAAUUGAUGAGGUUAGAAAGAAAGAGAAAACCGCCAUGCUUAUGCAGCAGUCUAGCCGCUUGGGUUCCAAAUUUAAACGACGAAUAUUUAAAAAGAGAUGGGAACCUGCCCAGGCAGAGGAAAGCAGUCUUGCAGAGAUUGAGAAGGCAGAGAAAAGGCUCCACAGGAUGAACAGAGUGCUCAAGGGGACAGGAAGCAUACAGAAAAGGCAUUUCAAGGACGUGAGUGCCAAGAGCCUGUGGAGCAAGCAGAGUGACCACGCACCUGUGGAGAACAUCGCCAAAGACGGGCAGCUCAGGAGCCCACCCACAACAGAGCUGCAGCAGCUCCAUCUGGGGCAGAAGCCCAGGAAGUCAGUGGGAAAUUCCUUCCACUCAGAGCCCUUGCUCCCAAAGGAACACGGGGAGGCAGUGUCUUCUUCCCCAGAACCGUCCCUGGUGGACGAGGCUCCCACUACAAAAUCUCUACCUGAGUUCAUAGACAGACGAAAAGACUUGUCUUACACCAUUUAUGUUUUAGAAAGUGCAAAUGCCAAUGUGAAAAGAACGAAGGGGUCUAAUCCUAAUUUACAGUCUGAAGAGAGACAUCGAAACCUUAGGAAGAAAAAAUCUCAUUUCCAGUUGAUUGCAAAGAAGCCAGCAUCCUCUGUAGUGAGGAGCCUGGUAAAUUCCCCUGCGGGAAGGGUCUUUUCAUCUUUAGGAGACCUGAGUUAUGCAGGAAAGCCUAUUUCAGAAGUAUAUGCUGCUUCAGAACCUUCUACAGAAAAACCACCUGAAGAAAAUCAUACUACAACAGUUAAUACUGGAAGAAACAGCCUCAAACCAACCACCACUACUGUGCCUGAAAGAGCUGCAUCGGAGACCACAACCCCUGAGAAUCUGACUACAGAGUCCAAUGUGACUACAUCCGAUUUAAUUCCAACUGUUAAGCAAACCAGUGAGCCAUCGUUAGACUUCAUCUUGGGGUCUCACUCACAUGACCAUUUGAAAGAAAAUGAGUACCCAUUGGUGAUGUCACCAGGUGAUCAGUUUGAAUCUCAUCUAAACAAGCAGCUGCGGCCCCUUAUCCCCAACAAUAACGUGAGGAGGCUUAUUUCUCAUGUUAUCAGGACUUUGAAGAUGGACUGCACGGACUCCCACGUGCAACUGUCCUGUGCCAAGCUCAUCUCCAGAACAGGGCUCCUGAUGAAGCUUCUCAGUGAGCAACAAGAAUUCAAGUUGUCCAGGACCGACUGGGAUACAGAGCAGUGGAAAACCGAGAACUACAUCAAUGAAAGCACAGAAGCCCAAGGUGAACAGAAGGGUCUGGAACCAAGUCAGCUCACAAAAGCAGUUCCAGGAUAUGGCUACAACAACAAAGUCAUCUUGGCAAUAUCUGUAACUGUAGUCGUGACAGUUUUGAUUAUCAUUUUCUGUCUCAUUGAGGUUUAUUCUCACAGAGCGACAAGAGAGGGAGAUGAAGAAAAGUCCACAAGGGGUAAGAAAUCCUACAAGGACAGUGAGAGUCAGGAAGGAUUUUUCUGGCUAAGGUGGCCACUAUGGCUUAGGGAUAUGUAUAGGCCACUGCAUGACACACGCAAGAAAAACAUGGCUCAGGAUCUACAGGACAAGGAGUCCUCUGGAGAGGAGGAGAUUUUCAAUAAGAAUGUACCAAGGGAGGGCAAGGAAGACGUGGUGGUGAUUCAGACGCGAACGUUGACCACGGACGCAGAAGAGAGUGAAGCAGCCGAGGCCGAAACCACAGAAUGACCUGCUAGCCUUUACUAAUAAAUUAUUUUUUGUAGA